AUGAUCAUUGAUACCUACACCCAUCAGCAGGAUGUAGGUACCGCGACCCUGGAGGAGGUUAAAGAGGCGAUUAGUGGGCUGAAAAACGGCAAGGCCGCUGGGAAGGAUGGUAUCCCGGCCGAACUUCUAAAAGCGGGAAGCGAGCGGCUGUACGAUGCGAUACACCAGAUCAUAUUGAGGAUCUGGGCGGAUGAACAAAUGCCGAACGACUGGUUGGAAGGCCUCAUAUGCCCAAUCUACAAGAAGGGCAAUCGACUCGAUUGUAGCAACUAUCGAGGCAUUACGUCACUCAACUCCGCAUACGAAGUGCUCUCCCGCUGGUUUUCGACAGGGGUGUUCCACGACGGACAGAUUAUGCUGGAACACGGUUUUCCGACGAAACUAAUUAAGCUGAGUCGUAUGACACUGGAAGGAUCGAAGUCAUGCGUGCGGAUAGCUGGCGAGACAUCAGUCGCGUUCGUAACGUUAGAUGGACUGAAGCAGGGGGAUGCGCUCUCCAACUUUCUGCCCCUUGGUUUUGCGGACGACAUUGAUAUCACCGGUAUCGACCGUAGGGCCGUGGAGAAGGCCUUCAGGCCUUUUAAGAGGGAAGCGGCGAGGUUGGGACUUAUCACCAACUUUGCCAAAACAAAGUACAUGGUAGCUGGCACGGAGCGUGGAGGUUCCGAUGGUGUUGGUACUGAAGUGGAGAUUGAUGGGGAACGAUUUGAAGUGGUUGAUGAAUUCGUCUAUCUUGGUACACUUGUGACUUGUGACAACGAUAUGAGCCGUGAAGACGCCGAUCCUCCCGGUGGCCUUUACGGACAUGAAGCAUGGACGCUGAAGGAAGCCGACCGACGAGUGCUCGGAGUUUUUGAGCGUAAAGUUCUGCGAUCGAUACUUGGCGGUAAAUUGGAAGAUGGAGUGUGGCGCAGGCGCAUGAAUCACGAAUUGUACCAAAUAAUACAGCGUGGCAGACUGCAGUGGGCUGGACAUGUAGCCAGAAUGCCGCCAAAACUAUCUUCGGCAGAGAACCAGGAAGAGGCCGUCGACUUCGUGGUAGGCCUCGCACUCGGUGGAUGUGCGCGGUGGAAGAGGAUGUACGAUCUGCUGGUGUACGAGGUGACUAGAGAACGGCUGUUCAAGCAGACGAAGCUGGACAUCUCUAAUUCGUUAGGCCCUAGACCGGUGAACGGUCAGUCGGCCAACAAAGUAGAGUAA